UGUACUCCGACUGCCAAACUCAGCUAACCUAAUUCAGUCUGUUCAAAAGGAGCUAUAUAGGGCCACUGAUUAAGUCUUUUCAUAUAGUUGUUGACAGUGAGAGAGUCAUUUGGCAUCGGGUUUUCUAGUUUCUGGCCAGUGGAAAUUAAACUCCACAAGUUCACAUAUUCUCCUCUUUUUCUGUGUGUCAAUUCUACUAAAACAAUGCUCAAGAUGAAGCAUUCCCAUAUUUCACUACCCGCAUUCUAUGUAUUUUUACUCAUUUUAUUUCUUUGCGCCCAAGCCAGACAUCAUUCCCAUUCUAAACACAGGUGCUCACAUUCUCACAAGUCAUCUGAAAUUUCUCUACCUCCUGCUUCAUCACCCUCCCCUUCUACACCCCCAUACGAUGCCUCUGGUUUUUCUGAUGUGCGAACAUUUGGGGCCAUUGGAGAUGGGAUAUCAGACGACACAGAGGCCUUCAAGAUGGCUUGGGACACAGCCUGCCAGAGUGAUCAGGAAGUAAAUGUCAUCCUCGUUCCCAGUGGCUUCUCCUUCAUGAUUCAAUCUACUAUAUUCACAGGUCCUUGUAAAGGUGACAUGGUACUCAAGGUUGAUGGCUCCGUUAUGCCACCGGAUGGGCCAGACUCAUGGCCAAAGAACAACAGUAAACGCCAAUGGCUAGUGUUUUACAGAAUUGACGGCAUGUCACUGGAAGGAGGCGGUUUAAUUGAUGGCAGGGGACAAAAAUGGUGGGACCUUCCCUGUAAGCCUCGCAAGGGACCUCAUGGGUCAACAUUGCCUGGACCUUGUGAUAGCCCAAUUGCAAUAAGGUUUUUCAUGAGUUCCAACUUAACUGUGCAAGGACUCAGGAUCAAGGAUAGCCCCCAGUUCCAUUUCAGGUUUGAUGGCUGCAAACACGUCCACGUAGAAUCAAUCUAUAUAACAGCUCCAGCACUAAGUCCCAAUACUGACGGAAUUCACAUAGAGAAUACCAACGACGUCAAGAUUUACAACUCUGUUGUUUCGAAUGGUGAUGACUGUGUGUCCAUAGGGUCCGGUAGCUAUGAUGUUGAUAUAAAGAACAUUACAUGUGGGCCCGGUCAUGGCAUUAGCAUUGGUAGUCUGGGGAAUCAUAAUUCCAAAGCCUGUGUUUCAAACAUAACAGUAAGAGACUCGGUGAUAAAAGUGACAGCUAAUGGGGUCAGAAUAAAGACAUGGCAAGGCGGAUCAGGAUCAGUAUCAGGAGUAACCUUCAGCAAUAUUCACAUGGACAGAGUGAGAAACCCCAUCAUAAUAGACCAGUUCUACUGCCUCACUAAGGACUGCACCAACCAAAGCUCAGCAGUGUUAGUAUCGAACAUAUUUUAUACAAACAUAAAAGGAACCUAUGACAUAAGGAGCCCACCUAUGCACUUUGCCUGCAGUGAUUCUGUCCCAUGUACCAACUUAACGCUCUCAGACAUUGAGCUUCUUCCUGCUCAGGGAGAUGUGGUUCUGGAUCCUUACUGUUGGAAUGCUUAUGGAGAUCUGCAAACACUAACCAUUCCACCAAUGUCUUGCCUGCAGGAGGGAAUUCCCCAGUCCGUGCAAGGCAAUGACAUAGGUCAUUGCUAAGUCCAAUAAUUCAGCUAGGCAUAUCCCACAAAGAAAAUGUGUGUUUGAUGCUGUACAUAAUAAUUUACUACUAGGGAAGUAAUCCAGGGAUUCAUAAUGUAGCAUCAUCGUGAAGCUUGUGUUGUGAUUGUUGAGGAGGAUUUGCGUUUUAGAUGCUCCUCCCUAAUUGUGAAUUGUGUAUCCCACCCUUACCCAGGUUUGAAAUGGAACUUAUAAUUUGGGCUUGUUCAUAA